UUUCUUUUUUCUAUAAUUUAUAGAAUGUCUGAUUUCAACCCAUGGUUUGACCCAAUGGAAAGCAUCUAUUUCCUCCUUCUACUCAAACAAUGGUUUGAGACCCAAAAUCAUAUGUUCAAACGUAACCAGUUUACCAAACCAUUAAUUUAAGUAACUUAUGAUUUGUAGAUCAAAGUCAAUUUAAACACCGGAACUAGGAUUUGGGUGUAUGAGCUAUGUCCCAAGUCAAUUUAAACACCUGCAUUUAUGAACUUUAUCAAACCAUUAAGGAUUUUUUUUCCUCUAGCUUUUUCAGAAAAAAAAAAUGUCUUCCAACACCCAUAUCAACCUCCAAAAUAGAUUCCCCCCCUUUUCCAAACUAUAUUGUUAGUAUUGAGAAGAUGGAUGGAGCUAACUAUUCCACUUGCACUGCUGAGUCAUUUGUUGCUCUUGUAUACUCGACUGAUCCAUCUCCAACAACAUUUUAAGACUUUAUCAAAUGGUAUGUGACUCACCAAUUAGGUAGUAACGUUACUUUAGUGACACACUGGUAAUUCUUCUUGCUUGUCUCUCUGAAUCACCUUCUCUUGAUCCUUGAGUUAUUGACUCUUGGGCAAUUGAUCACAUAUCUAUAAUCGUUCUCUUUUUUCCUCUUUUACUAAAGCUGUCAAUUUUCCUUUUAUAACUACGGUCAAUGGUUUAAAAAACAAGCUUGGAACAUUGGUACUACCCAACCCCUCUCAUCCCUUACUUUUAUUGACUUUGUUUUUUAUGGCCCCAAUCGCCCUUUUAGUCACAAACAGACAUCUCAUUGAAAUUCCUUAUACACAUCCUCUUCAGUCAUUUUCCUUGCCACUUUUGGGGAGAUUUUGUCCAUACAAUAUCUUAUCUCAUUAACCAGAUGCCAACAUUUGUCCUUAUAGAUUGGAUACCCCACUCUAUCCUUUUUCUUCAUUCCCUUCCAUACAUUCUUCUUCCACAUGCUUUAUACAUAACCUCACACCUAGUUGAGAUAAACUUUCUUCAAUGUCAUUCAAGUGUGUCCUUGUGAGAUAUCAUCACUCACAAAAUCGGUAUCAAUGUUUCUCUCUUGAUCUUCAUAGGAAUUUUGUGUCUGUAGACCUCUCUUUCCAUGUCAGUCCCAUACUAUACAAUUUUUCAUUCAAAUGACGACAUAGUGGUAACCUUCCAACCAUCAUCAAUAUUCCUUCAUCAACACCUCAUGUGAUAGGAUAUAAGGUGAUAGGAUAUAACGGAUGCAGAGGAAAACAAUUUAGGAAUUAAUUGUUAGUUGGUUAGUUGGUUGGGGGGCCUUUAUAAGAAGGCAUGGAGGUCUUCUGUGGGGGGAGCUUUUUUUGAUAUUAGUUGUGUUGACAGGAGAUAGUUCCUGUGGAGAGAGAGUGCUCCUUUGAGAGUUGGGUGUUGUAUAGUGUAUUCUUGUUCAUCAGAAUAAUAUACUGUUUUUUUCUCAUAUUCUGUUUGUGAGUUCUGUUUUGAGAGGAAGAUAGACUUCUUGACAAAAGAAGCCUAACAAUUUGAUCCGACUUGUCGGAUCCCUUGGAGAGGAGAAUGUGAUGGAAGGAAGAGUCACUACUAUGGAGAGGUGGGCCAAUGAACAAAAAAAGGUGCUAGCAUAAUGGAGAAGAAAUAUCCAAGAAUUGAAAGAAGUGAUAUUGGAAGACCAGAAUCAAGAUAUGAACUCAAAAGGAAGGGAGAAAUCUCUUGACAGAGCAAGAAGGGGAGGGAAAGAGGAAUUUCUGCAAGACAACAAGAAAGGAAAGAAAGAAGUAAAGAAGGGUAGGGAUGCUAUGAAAGACAGUCUGCAAAACAUCAAGAAAGCUAAGAAAUUCUCUGAAGAAGGAGAGUAUUUGGCUAAUGAUAAAGAAAAGAAGGAAGAAAGAUACCCACAUUGUAGUGCAAAAUGGAGAACUACCCAAGAAAUAAAAGAAAUGUUGCAGAAUAUCAAGAUUCAGAUAAAGGACUUAGCAAGAAGUGAGAAAUCUGUCAUGAAAGGAAAGAAAGAGGGAAAAAUGGGGAGGGAUGUUGUGAAAGGUAGUAUGCUAGACAUCAAGACAGCCAAUAAACCCUCAUGGAAAAGAGAAAAUUCAACCAAUGGGGAGAAGAAAAGAGAAACGAAUAUCAGUGAAGAGGGAAAUGUUGUUACCAUUACAUUAGGGAGUAGAAUGUCAGAAGUUGUUGUUUUGAGUGUUGAUGGUUUUGCAGGAAUUAGAGGGCAGGAUAGGAGAAAAGGAAAUAUAUGUGAAGAGGAAGGCAAUGACGAAAACUGUGAUGGAGACAUUGGUGUGGCUUCUGUGGAGAAAGUUGCAGAAUUCGCUGCUAUAAUAGUGGAUAAUGUGACAAAUGUUGGUAGGGAAAAUACAUUAGGUGAAGACCAGGAUGGGAAGGUUGUGACUUUUGCUUCUCCAAGUAAAGUUGCAAAAGCUGUUGUUUUUAGUAAAGAUAGAGUGGUAGGUUGUGGUAUGUAUGUCAAAACAAUAAAGAAGGGGGAAGAAUUGUGUAGCUAUGGGGUUAAAACACUGGUGUCAAGGAGUGACCCAGCUGUGGUUUGGGUGUCCAUGGGUGCAUCCACUAGGGCUGUUACAGAUCCAUAUCCUGAAACUACUGAGGUUAUAACACCUGCAGAUCUAGCUUCUAGCAAUAGCCACAAAGGAUUUCCAGGUUUCUUGCAGAAUCUUUAUUAACUAGCCAUCUUAUAUUACUCACAAGGGUGGAAGGUAAAGAUGGUAGGAAAGAAACUUCAGAAAUGGAAGCUAUGCAAACAGUUUCAGAGCAAACUGCAAUACUUGUGCUCCACAAUGUAAGAGGUCACCAGGUCAGAAAACAGUAUAGAAUAGUAAUAUGGUCAAGGGGAAUCUUGGAAAAAGUGCAGUUCUUAUUAAUGAAACAAAAGAAGUCAAUAAUUCUCUCAUAUAGACCACCACCCAAGCCUCCAGACCUGAAAUGGAGGACAGUAGCCAGUGCAUUCCCCUCAUAUGAUAACACGAUGAUGAAGAGGAGCCAAGAGAUUAAGUUUCACGAUUCCAACCUUGAGGAUAAGGUUGUUCUACAACAGGGUGUAAUGAUAGGAUAUAAGGUGAUAGGAUAUGAUGGGUGCAGAGAAAAACAGUUUAGGAAUUUAUUGUUAGUUGGUUAGGUGGUUGGGGGGCCUUUAUAAGAAGACAGGGAGGCCUUCUGUGGGGGGAGCUUUUUUUAUAUUAGUUGUGUUGACAAGAGGUUGUUCCUGUGGAGGGAGAGUGCUCGCUUGAGAGUUGGGUGUUGUAAAGUGUAUUCUUGUUCAUCAGAAUAAUAUACUGUUUUUGUCCAAUAUUCUAUUUGUGAAUGUUGUUUAGAGAGGAAGAUAGACUUCUUGACAAAAGAAGCCUAACAUCAUGACUGCCAAAGUCUGGGAUGUUUCUCCUACACCACUUCAGGCUUAUCUUUGAAGUAGAUGGAAGCUCAUGAAUCUCCUCUGGACUGGUUUGGAAAGCAUGACCACCUUUGGAAACCAUCAUCACUGUUGUGGAAGACCAUGACUAAAUAUUCCUUAAAACCUCUUUCAAGGUUCUAGAUGCAUUUGCAGAAGCACCAGAUAUUGCCAUCUUCAACAUGGUUGAAAGUGUCAGAGUCAUAGCUCUUAUACCAUAUAUGAAUAGAGAAAAUACUUUUUAUUCUUCUCAAUAUUCAGAGUCCUAGUACAUAGGAUACUUAUGCAGAGUUAAAAUACUGAUUCUGCUACGAGUAUGGAAAUAAGCAGAAAAAGAAUCUCCUAUAAUAGAAAUAAAUGAACCUAAUUCUGAAUGCAUAUGAAUUUGAUUAAUUCAGAUUUAUUGCUCUAAAACUGAUAAAAUCAAUGUAGAUGUAUUCUUCUACCAGAUUCCCCGCCCUCAUGCUCAUGCACAUGUAUAUACACACAUACACAUGUAUUUACACAGACACAUUUAUAUUGCUGAAGUGGUUUACAAUAGCAGUUUUCCCUCUGAAGAAAUUGAAAGAUUUUUGCAGAAAUUCAUAACAACUUUUUCCCAAGCUGGAUUAAAAUGCUUCAUUUUUAUUUUUCUUAUUCGUUUCUUUCCCACCACUUUCUAUAACAAGAUUCUCUU